CUAUGAAAUAGGUAACACUAGAUUGGACGUUAUCGCACAUGAAAAAGUAUUCCCUCACAAAAUUUGUUUCGAUAGAAAUAGUUCAACUCUAGUUGUAAACGUGUAAACAGUGUUGUAACUUUCAAUUGACUGUUUCUACCGCAAAAUUAAGCUCAUUAAUUAUGGGGAUUAUUACAUUGUUUCAAGUAUCUUAUGAAACGAAUGUAUCAACAUUAAAGUUAUUUUUAUUAACGUGACGAAAUAACCAAAUGGGAUUAAGAUAGCACCGUACUAUUUUACUGCAAUGUUGUAUAGGUUAUGUUAACUGUCAUCUUUCAGUACAUGCAAAUAGAGUAUGGAGAAAUCCAUAUUAUUGUGGCGAAAUGAUAGUCGAGUGUUGAUUACUUUCUGUGAUGAGCCAAAUGCUGCAAUUUCCAAAUUGGUCACUAUUAAUGAUUAUGUAUUCAUAGCGACAACAACCUGUGAUCUGUAUUAUGGAGAAGUCAAAAUUACAAAUAAUUCACCCUCUGUUGUGUUUAACCGAACAGAUUUUCAUGCUACUGAUAUAUCUUCUAAUUCAAAAUACGUAUUUGUUGUAAAUCCAGAAGGUCAUGUUCUAAAAAUAAAUCCUAUUGAUCUUACCAUUGUUGACACGAUAAUCUUAAAAGAGGAAUUAAGACAAUGCAUUCAUGGGAAUGUAGAAGAAGAAAAUAUUUUAAAAGUAAGAUCAAUAGAUGUGAAUGACGACGCAGCACUUUUUGUGACGCAGAAUGGACAAUUAUGGGCUAGUGGAAAACAACCUCAAAUUAAUGUAAAUACUGUACAGCCAAAGAAAGUUAUAUUUUUUGAAAAUCACCAUGUUUUUCAAGUUGCUUGUGGGUUUAACUUUCAAAUUGCACUUACAAGAAAAUCUUUAACGUCCACUGAUGAUGAUUCUGAUAGUGAAAAAAACCCUGAGCAGGACGUAAUUAUAAGUUCAUGUCCACAGUGUGUAAUCAAUAUGACAAAUAUUCGUGCAAGUAUGGAAUCUUCAAAUACUAGUGCCUUAGAAGUUUAUGCCCAACAAAAAAAAACUGUAAAUAAUUCCCAUACUUUAUCGCUUGAAAAUAAACCACUAGAAGCUAUUUCUUCUCCAAAAGAUCUACUUAAUUCAGAGAAUUCAUUUUUGGACAGUGAUGAACAUUCAAGUAGUUUCACAGAUUCUGGUAAGGAAGAAAAGAAGAACUUAAUAUUUAUUAAAAAUGAAUCUGCACAACAAUUUCUAACACGACAAUUAUCAUGGGUAUCGUCCUAUAAAAAUGUUGGAGAAGGACUGCUGGCUGAGUGUACAGAUAGACCUACUAGAUUGAUAAAACAAAAUGUUUCAAACAUGGCUUAUUACGUACAUCAAGCAAUCCAUGACAGUGUAAAAACUGUAUCCAAGCAUAUAAGUGGAAACUCUAAUAACCAUGAUGUUUGCAAUGAUGGUAAAAACUUUGAAGUGCUUGAAUUGGAAGAUACAACACUCAAAAACAAAACUUCGAACAGUUCUUGCUAUGAUGAGCUUUUCUCAAGUACAGAAUCAUCGGAAUAUGAUUUGUCAGAACAUAAUUUACAAGAAGGGAUUAAUUUAUUAGUUCAAGCAGGAAAAAGCAUAUUAGUUUCGGAAUUGUGGAUUUGGGGCAGCAAUCAACAUGGACAAUUAGGGACUGGUGAUAUGAUACAAAGAGACAAACCAAUUUCAGCAACAAAAUUUCAUUAUAUGGGAAUCACAAAGGUUGUCUCUGGCCAUUAUCAUACAAUUGUACUUACCUUAGAUGGUAGAGUAUAUCAUUGGGGUAGAAAUAAUUCCAAACAAGUAUCAACAGAUUCCCUUUCUUAUCAAAGUUCACCUCAGUUAUUUGGUAAAUCCUCAACUUCGCGAGAAAGAGUUGUAGCUGUUGAUAUAGCUGCUGGAGACAAACAUAGUUUAAUAAUGUCACAUUUGCAAUUACACUUUUUGGGUGAGACAAGUGAGCAGAAAGAAUUCUUCUAUUUGGAUGAUUUAAAAAGUAGCGAGCUUAACAUGAAGCAAAUUAUGUGUUCUGGUAUAUAUAGUUGUUGCUAUGUGACCCUUCAAAGUGUCCAAGAUAUAACAUCAGAACUACAACAGGAACAAAUAUUCUUGGAGGAAAUAGUGACCGUGUAUCAAAACUUGAUAAGGCCUUUUGAAAAAUUGGGUGGUGCAAUUCAUCAAUCAAAUGUUUAUGAAACAGUGUGCAAUAUCUAUACUGAAGUCAUGUGUUUAACAGCUUUAAAUGUUUUAAGUUUACAGAAUUAUUGCAAUCAUAUUUGCGAAUCUUAUGAAAUAGCAAUAGUUGCAAAUAUUAAGGAACACAUUACUGUAUACAAGUCAUAUAUAAAAGCAAUAUGUGAUAUCAUUGCUUUAGGUGGUUUUAUGCAUAUCGCAAAGAUAAUUAGUGUUUCUCAAACAUUGUCGAAUUUAUUCUAUGAACAUGCUAAAGAUUCUAGUGGUAUAAAAAACAAUAAUGAAUUAAUCAUAUUAAUGGCCUUACAAUAUCCAUUAUGCGCCCUGAAAAGGUAUGAAACUCUAGUACAAAAAUUAAGUGACUGUAACCAAUUGAAAGAAGCGGUUGAACCACUUCAUGAAGCCUAUAAUAAAUGGAAAAAGAUUUGUUAUGAACAGAGAAAACGCCAGAAAGAAGCGGAGGCAACAAAAGUAUUUUGGGAAAAUUCAGAUAAGUUAGUUCAACCAUUUCGAUUACCUAACAGGCGUCUCGUUAGAGAUUCACAUGUGCAUCCCAUAUGGCUUCUCAGUGCAGGACGAUUUUCGUUAUCACACAGAUUUAUUUUAUUUAACGAUCAAUUUCUUCACAUUACUGGAUCUUGGGUGUCCGUUCUGCCUUUAAAAACAUUAUGGGUGGAACCCAUACAGGACACUGAUUUACUACAGAAUGCAAUAUCAGUUAUUACACCUGAAGAAAAUCUCACAUUAUACACGUCCUCGCCCGCUGAACGUAGCGAGUGGCUGCAAGCAUUGCAAAGAACUAUUCAAUGUCAUCUAGGAUCAAUAGUUCGUUACUCUCCACUAAUCGUGCGAUCCAGUUCAUUCUAUUUCACUAAACACAGUGUUUUUAAAAAUGCAAAAUUUACCGGUCGUUGGGCAAAUGGUAAACCACAUGGAACAGGAAAACUUGAAUGGGCGGAUGGCACAACAUAUGUAGGAGAAUUUCAUAAAGGAGUAAUGCAAGGAAGUGGCAAAAUGGAAAUACCUUCGCAAAGUACCUACGAAGGGCAAUGGCAAGAUAAUAAACAAAAUGGAUAUGGUAUAAUGAAGUAUAGUAACGGGGAUAUUUAUGAGGGAUAUUUUAAGGAUGGACUGCCACAUGGUCACGGUAUUAGAAAAGAAGGUUCUUUUACAUCUUCAAUUGCGUCCAUAUAUAUCGGUGAGUGGGUAGCUGGGAUGAAACAAGGCUACGGAGUUAUGGAUGAUAUCAUGACAGGUGAGAAAUAUUUGGGUUCUUGGAGUAACGAUAUGAAACAUGGCUGUGGAUUAAUUGUUACAUUAGAUGGCAUUUAUUAUGAAGGGAUAUUCAUGCAGAAUGUUCUUACGGGAUAUGGAAUUAUGGUCUUUGAAAAUGGUUCAUAUUAUGAAGGAGGAUUUAAGUCAGCAGGUGUAUUUUGUGGCAAAGGUACCCUGAGAUUUAAUAGCGGUGUCAGCAUAGAAGGCAAUAUGAAUGGCAUGUGGAAUGAAGGAAUAGAAGUGGCAGCCACUUUACGUAUGAAUGCAUAUGAUAAUAGCAAAAAUACCGACAUGAAACCUCCGUCUUUCGGAAAACUUUGCGUGCCACCUGAUAAAAAAUGGAGGUCUAUAUUUCAUCAAUUAUACGAACAAUUGGGAAUUUCAGAAUGUAACGGUAAAGAUAUUUCUAACGAGACAAAUAUCACACAAUCUAAUAAGGUGUGGCAAAAUGUUGCCGUUUUUAUGUCAAAAUCGUAUCAGAGAACUGUGUCAAAGAACUGCUCCAUUCAUAGUCCGCAAAAUAAGAGAACAGAGUCGACAGAUGAUCUAAAUAAAAUCCCUUGUUUUGGAAGUGAUAGGUUAACCUUUGACAGUUACGAACAAAUAAACAAAUACUUAACAAGAGCUUUUGAAUGCACCCAUCAUCCAUUGGGGACGCUAUUAACCGAAUUGACUACAGUAUACACGGGAACAUAUGGUGGAGUGAGGGUACACCCUUUAUUAUUAACGCAUGCCGUGUCUGAACUCCAAAGUAUUAUUUCACGAAUGUAUGACGUACUUAUCAUACUUUUUCCAAUAUUACCAAAAGGAAAUCAAGAGUAUGUAAUCGAAGGGGAGAAAGGAGACAGCAAAAAAAUAAGUGUCUUUGUCAUACUUUGCCCAAUAAUACUUCCUCGGGUGCAUUUUGUCUUGUUCGUGUUGUAUGCAAUGCAUAACAAAGAGGAGAAUGAUACGUACUGGGAAAAAUUGUUAAAAUGGAAUAGGAAGGAUGACUCGACAUUAAUGAGAUUUUUAGAUAUCGACUCGAAAUUUUGGCAAAAUAGUACAGCGAUUAAACAACAUGUACAAGGCAAUGGUAAAGAAUUGUUUUCUGAGGCAGCAGAAACUUUACAGCAAUUAAAGACUACCUUUUCGCCGUUUGAAAAAUUAUUAGUCAUUAAAAGAACAUUUGAGCAGAUAACGCAGGAUGUACAUACGCAAUUAGGUAGUGCAUAUUUAUGGACGAUGGAUGAGCUUUUGCCUGUAUUUACUUUCGUAGUAAUCAGGUCAAGUGUAUCGCAGUUGGGAAGUGAAAUUCAAUUUAUUGAGGAUUUCAUGGAUCCUCAUUUACAAAAUGGGGAAGAUGGAAUCAUGUUUACUACUCUCAAAGCAAGCUAUCAUCAAAUUCUUCGAGAAGUGAAACAUAAUAUUUAAAAUGUUCCAAACAAAGUAAUUCUGUACAAUGGCAUAAUAACAAAACUUCCACUUGAAAUUAUGGUGAUUUUCUUGUGGAUGAACAUUAGAGGUUCAAAAAAUAUUUUAUGAAUGUUUUAAUUAUCGUUGUGAAACGUUAAAUGUAUAAAUUAUAUAUUUAAAAAAUUAAAUACUAUUUAGAAUACUGUUUGAAUACCAAGGUUCAUUUGCUAUUAGUUUUAUCCAACCAUUAUUUUUAAGAGAUCUAAUGCAGUACAUUUUUAAUUAGAAUUGUUAAAUUGUUUAUAAAAUAUAUAUUAUGAAGUAAA